AAGCGGAAUUUCCGCGGUGUCGGAAGGGGCGGGGUUGGCAUUGCCUGCCAUGUGCGCAUGCGCGGUGCUCCGGAAGCGCGCGGGCCGUUUGAGCGCCAUGGCGGGAGCGGCGGCGCGAGCGGGCCCCGCGCUCGGGCCCGGCCCCGACCCGGCCCCGGGGCUCCGCCACCGGCAAUGGCGGGACCGGGAGGGGAGCGGGGCCGGGCCACGGCGGGCAGCGAGCGGAGCACCGGCCUCGGGCGGGAGGAGCCCCGGGAGCGGCGCCGCGGGGAGCCAGGACUGGCGGGGUGGCAGCAGUACCCUGUACUUCUCUUCCAGCAGUGAUGAUGAAUUUGAAAUGUUUUUAGCUAGGCUGAAAACUCCCAAAUCUGUUUCUAAAAAGACAGAUACAAGUUUGAAAGACUUCAUUGAUGACUCAGAUGAUUUCUUCUUGGAUUUGAAAGUGAAAAAGAGCACAACCAAGAGUGCACGGAAAGAUCUUCAGACCCCAAAAAAGCUGACAACAACUCCUGGAAAGAGAAACACUUGCUGCCAAGAAUUGCAGUAUCCAGACACAUCAAGUGACACUGAAGAUUCUGUCUUUGUAGAAAGUCCAUGGCAUAACCACCAAAAAGAGAGAGUGAAAGACUUAAAAGAGAGUCAGCAGAACAUAAAUCUUUCACCUCCACAGAAGCAGAAAGAGUCAGUUUUCAAAGGCAGUCCAGAUUUACUUGUUAGAAGGAAAGAAAGAAGCUGUGAAAACACAGAAAAUAAAUUGCCAGCUGUGGCACUAGGACACAAUACAGGGGUGGAGUCAGAUAGCUCAGAUGACAGUUUUGGAUCUUUAAUGGAACGGAUAACAAAGCGAAGUCUACCCCGAAAACCAGUCUUAAGCACAAGUAAAACUGUCUUUCAGCCAAGCACAACAGAAAACAUCAAGCCACCCUGCAAAGAUGCACAGCCUGUGAAAGGGGAGGGAGUCAAGCCAAAGCCAAAAUCUGUUUCACUUCAAGGAACACCUCCCAUGGUAACAACUCCUGCAAGAAUUCCUGGGAAAGAAUUGGUCAGUUGCUCACAGUCAGCAAAGACAGAGAAAAGAUUCAGGGUAUGCUCAGUGCCUGAUUGUUUUUUGCAAGAUCUUUCAAAUCCAGCUUCCCACUAUGUGAAGUAUUUCAAGAAAAAUAAAGAGGAGCUGGCCCAGAAGCUCUACAGGCUGUUUAAUAGUACCAUCUUUGAGCAAAAGUUACCAGAAGAUAUGGUAAUAAUCUGGAAUAAGAAAAUGAGAAAAACAGCAGGGUAUUGUGUAACGGGGCAGAGGGAAGGCCCUGAAGGGAAGCGUUACGCUCGCAUUGAGCUCUCUGAGAAAGUCUGUGACUCUGCAGAUCGCCUCCGGGACACGCUGAUCCACGAGGUUUGCCACGCAGCCACCUGGCUCAUCAACGGCGUUCGGGACGGACACGGGCGGUUCUGGAGGUUCUAUGCCAAUAAAUCAGCUGUAAUUCAUCCAGAACUGCCAGUGGUGACACGAUGCCACAGCUAUGAGAUUAAUUACAAAUUCACCUAUGAGUGUGUUCGGUGCAAAGCUACGAUCGGGCGGCACUCGCGGUCCCUGGACACGGCGCGGUUCGUGUGCGCCUUCUGCGGGGGGCAGCUGACCCUCAGGCAGCCCCCGGGCAAGGGGGGCACCCCUGCCAGGACACAGCUCACACCCUUUGCUAAGUAUGUGAAGGACAACUAUGGACUUGCUAAGAGAGAGCAGCAUGGGCUGAGUCAUGCAGAGGUGAUGAGGAAACUCAGUGCUGAUUUUGCUUUGAAAACCAAGCUGGAGGAUUCCUUUUAACAUCUCCAUACACCUCCUUUUGUGGUGCCACUUAAAUUUUGUAUAGAGUAGUAAAAGUUCUGAGCAGCACUUACACAUAGCAUGUCUUCAGUGACUCCAGUCAGGGAUUUACUGUUUCAUCUGGGCAGCUGAUAUGCUGUAGACUCUGUGUGUGUGCUGAAGAACUGCUGUGUGUGCAUCUGGCUGGGAUUGCCAGAGGCAAGAAAAGUCCAGUCCAGCCCAAGUCCUUUGACUCUGAAUGACUCCAAGGCAGGAAAAGGGGCAUACCUGAGCUGGGCUUCAAUAUGGGUUCAGAUUUCUCCCAGGUAGAGUUUCCUGAGAUAGCCUUAGCUGUUUCUGUUAAAAUUAAGUGGUAGAGAGAUGGUGCUUUAAAUCUAUUAACAGAACCUGUGAGUUUCUCCAAAGCCCUUUAGACCUCAGUAACAACAAAGCUCUUUGAUACAUUUGAAUGUAGUCAUGAACCUCUGUCACUGACAUUUCACAGACAUUAAAGUAGAUGCAGAUCAGGCUGGGGAAAGCGGAUUCAAACACUUUCCCCAUAGAAUGAUGAGGUCUUGUCAUGACUUAAAUCUUUCAUGUAAAAUGCAACUGAAUGUGUUUUGUAGUGUUUGUGUCUUCUGUAAGCAAAUUGCUCAGGUUCUUAAAAAUUUUGAUAAUCAAUAAAUGCUAGUUUGAUAUGAACUCCUGCAAUGAA